AUGGAACCUAUGUUUUCUAUACACAAAAUGGUCUGUCAUCAUUUCAUUAAGGUACAUAAGGUCAUUUGUGGCAGUAUUGCUUGUCAGAGUGAUCAAAUCAAGAAAGGUGAUAAAGUGUUCUUCAUCCAGGAUCAGUCGACUAAGACGAUGAGUCCAUGCGAAGCAAGGUUAUUAAUAAAACAACCAUCAGAAACCGUGAAAUUCAUACUGGGAAGAGACCGAAACAAAGCCAACGAAGAAAAUAAAACCACCAGGAAAUUAUUAUCAACAGUUUCAAUUGAUCCAGAAAGUUUUAAAUACUCUGAGCAAUCUGAAGAUAUAAAUUUGUUCAAAGGAUCGCUAGGUAUUGGCUUAUCGCUUGAUGGUGGUCGCGGUUGUGUUUAUGGUGACCGACCUAUUGUUGUUAAACGGAUUUUUGAAGGUGGUUCAGCAGCAAAAAGUGGUCGGGUAAAAGUUGGCGAUCGAAUAGAUGCUAUUGAAGGAAUAUCUACUAUUUCAAUGAGCUAUUUGGAGGCAACGAAAACUUUAAGAUCGCGACCUGAAGGUCCUUUAACAAUUACGAUUAGAAGCAGAAUUGAAUAA